GAAGAGAAACCGCCACCGCCAUCUUGGGGGGCGCCCAGCCGGGCCCCUGGUCGGGUGAGAGGACACGUCGGUGCCGCCAGCGACGUCAUAGGCCCGCCCGGCCUGCCGGCGCCUGAUUGGCUGCUGCGUUUUCUUACGCGUCGCGCUUCCUUGUCUGCCCCUCGUGCUCAGUGGAAUCGCUCUUUUUUUACCUCAGCAUAGAAGAAGCGAUGGUGGCGCUGGCAUCUCUCGGCGCCCUGGCGCUACUCCUGAUGUCGGGCCUCUCCUGCUGCUCAGCAGAGGCAUGCGUGGAGCCCCAGAUCACACCUUCUUACUAUACAACUUCUGAUGCCGUCAUUUCCACUGAGACUGUCUUCAUCGUGGAGAUUUCCCUGACAUGCAAGAACAGGGUCCAGAACAUGGCUCUUUAUGCUGAUGUCAGUGGAAAACAAUUUCCUGUCACCCGGGGCCAGGAUGUGGGUCGCUAUCAGGUAUCCUGGAGCUUAGACCACAAGAGUGCCCAUGCAGGUACCUAUGAGGUCAGAUUCUUCGACGAGGAGUCCUACAGCCUCCUGAGGAAGGCUCAGAGAAAUAACGAGGACAUUUCCAUCAUCCCACCCCUGUUCACAGUCAGUGUGGACCAUCGGGGCACCUGGAAUGGGCCCUGGGUUUCCACCGAGGUGUUGGCCGCAGCCAUCGGCCUAGUGAUCUACUACCUGGCCUUCAACGCCAAGAGCCACAUCCAGGCCUGAGGGUAACGCUCUCAGCCCUCCCUCCUUGUUUCUUUCAAUAAAGUUAUAUGGCUCCUGGCUCCUCA